CCCCAUCAUCUCUCCAUUCGAUUCUCUGACUCUGUGAGAAUCUAAACAAUUUCAAAUUCUAUUUUCAUUUAACCUGUAAAAGGGUGAAAUACUUACGUACAUACAUAAAUAUGUCACCAUUUAUCGCGCUUUGUUUCUUAACUGCCUUCGUUUCCACUGCAACCUCUGAGAAAGGCCACUAUUAUCUAAAGUGUUUAUAUGAUAAAAACCAAGAAAUGCCAUAUACGGGUAUGCAGCUAAACUGUGACGCGUAUCGUGACGAUGGACCAAGCCCAGUUAAACAAGGUGAUGAAGUUGAGAAUGCAGUUCAAAAUUUGGGCAAUCGUCCAGGUUUAUGCAAGGAUUGCUUGGGAAGAUGCGGUUCCUUCGGUUACCCGAAAUUUUGGUGCUACGAUGUCCUCUGCAAUUGUCGGUAUGAUCCACAACCUCGCCAGACGGAACAAAAAGUCAAAGUUGACUCGUUAGUGGGAAUCAUGUUGCAACGACUGUUUCAGAAUUAAUCCCUAUUGUACGAAAAAUACAUACAUACAAAUAAAUUGUUAAAACCUAAAUAUGUAAUGAAAUAAGAAGCUUAAUUAUUUAAUUCGUCUAUCUAGUAUUAAACAUCCGAAUAUAUGAAUAAAUCGAAACAUUUUAGUUUUUAUGAUAUACCUA